AUGCCAAUACUGCAAAGGCUAUCAAAGUUACCCCGAAAUUUAUAUUCUUUCAAAAACAUUAUUCAAAAAUAUCCAAAACGAAAUGAAAGUUUCUUAUCAACAUCUAGACAAUCUUCAAGGUUAAAAACUGUAUUGAAAGCAAGUUUAAUAGGAAUUUCUGUUGGAUUUCCUGUUGGUGUAGUUAUUACAAUUAGUUAUUCUUGGUAUGUAAAUAAGGAAGCUUCAAAAACAUAUCAUCUUCAAGGAAAAGUGCAGAAAAUUGAAAUACUUAAAGAAAAACCUCAAGUACCAGUUUCUCGAAAGGUUGUUUCACCAGUGGAUACAACUGAAUUAAAAUUAACUCUUUUUCAGUAUCAAACAUGUCCAUUCUGUUGUAAGGUUAGAGCUUUUUUGGAUUAUUAUGGAAUAUCUUAUGAUAUUGUGGAAGUUGAUCCUGUGUUGCGAAAAGAAAUAUCAUGGUCAUCUUAUAAGAAAGUACCAAUACUUUUAACACAAGUAGAAUCUGGAUAUCUACCUCUAAACGAUAGUUCAAUGAUAAUUUCUCUAUUAGCAUCACAUUUAAAAGAUAGAUCACAAAACAUUAAUGAUUUAAUAGAAUGUUAUCCAAAUAUAGCAAUGCAUGAUGAAAAUCAAAAGCUUAAAUAUGAAAUCAUGAACAAAUAUUUCUUAAUGUAUAAAGAUACUUUGCUUUCUGUUAAAAAUACAGAUGCUAUCAUAGAAGAGCGUAAAUGGAGAAAAUGGGCUGAUGAUGAACUGGUUCAUGCACUUUCACCAAAUGUGUAUAGAACUCUUGAUGAAGCUUAUAAUACUUUUAACUGGUUUUCUAAGGUUGGAAACUGGGAACAAUAUUUUCCUACGUGGGAGAGAUUAAUAAUGAUAAACGUAGGUGCUACCGCUAUGUGGAUUAUAUCAAAACGGUUAAAAAAAAGACAUAAUCUGAAAGACGAUGUACGACAAUCUUUAUAUGAUGAAAUUAACAAAUGGUUAUGUGCUAUAAAAAAACGUGGUAGCACAUUUAUGGGAGGAGAAAAACCUAAUUUAUCAGAUCUUGCUGUUUAUGGCAUUUUGAAAAGUAUAGAGGGGUGUAGUGCUUUUAAAGAUUGUUUAGAUAAUACAAAACUUAGUACAUGGUAUGAUGCCAUGAUGACAGAAAUAGAAACACGUUCAGGAAGCAAAUACUUAACAGCUAAAUAA